AGGGCGCACCGCGGCGCGCGGGUCCGCGGCCAUGUUGCGGUAGUUUGUUGUUUUCUUCCUGCGGAGGUGAAGGGCCGCUGUGGACCACGACGCGCCCGGCCUCGCCUCUGCGUACUCCUUGCCCCGGUCCUGGCCCGCAGUGUCCCACACCUCCGUUCUGCGCCACCUGUCCCGGGCCCGGACCAGGCCCGACGGCCCACCAGCUGGCUUGGUGGGGCGAGGCUGAAGGCCGGUCCCAGCGAGCACCAUGGCGGCCUCCCUGGGAGCGGGCGGAGGAGCAGGCGCUGGAGAUGACGACUUUGACCAGUUUGAUAAGCCUGGUGCGGAACGGUCCUGGAGAAGAAGAGCUGCGGACGAGGACUGGGACAGUGAACUUGAAGAUGACUUGCUUGGAGAAGAUUUGCUAUCUGGCAAAAAGAAUCAGUCGGAUUUGUCAGAUGAAGAGCUAAAUGAUGAUCUUUUACAGAGCGAUAAUGAAGACGAAGAAAAUUUCAGUUCUCAGGGUAUCACAAUUAGUCUGAACACCACGUCUGGCAUGGUCACAUCGUUUGAACUGUCUGACAACACUAAUGACCAGUCUGGAGAACAGGAAUCUGAAUAUGAACAAGGAGAGGAUGAGCUAGGUUAUCACAAGUCUGAUGGAUCUCAACUGUACACUCAGGAGUACCCAGAAGAAGGACAGUAUGGAGGCCAUGAAGCUGAGUUGACAGAAGACCAGAUAGAAUAUGUGGAAGAGCCAGAGGAGGAGCAGCUGUACAGUGACGAAGUGCUGGACAUUGAAGUCAACGAGCCUUUAGAUGAAUUUGCAGAUGAAGAAUACUUGCAGGCUCGCAGUGGGCAGCAGGGGCUGCGCGGGCAGGAGGACUGUGUUGCUGGAGAGGCCUUAGAUGAGAUUACUGAGCCCCAGGCUGCUCCCGACACUGAAGAGGGAGGUAUGGAAACGUUGGAACUCCAAAAAGAUAUCAAAGAAGAAUCAGAUGAAGAAGAAGAUGAUGAUGAAGAAUCUGGACGAUUACGUUUCAAAACUGAAAGGAAAGAAGGAACAAUUAUUAGGCUCUCAGAUGUAACUAGAGAGAGAAGGAACAUUCCAGAAACUUUGGAGCUUUCAGCAGAGGCCAAAGCGGCAUUGCUUGAAUUUGAAGAAAGAGAGCGGCAGCAUAAACAGGGGCGCUACGGCUCCAGGAGGGGAGGCCGGCGAGGAGGCCCGCUGAUGUGUCGUGGCGUGGGGGACCAGAGGAGAGAGAGCGGCGAGAGGGGCAGGAUGAAGGACCACAGACCCGCGCUGCUCCCCACACAGCCUCCCAUCGUGACUCAGUCUCCAAGAUUAAUUCCUCCUCCGCAGCCACAGCCACCGCCCCCACCACCCCCACCUCCGCAGCAACAGCCGAUCCGGAGUCUAUUCCAGCAGCAGCCGCAGCUCCAGCCGCUGCUGCCCUUGCAGCACCCACACCACCCCGCCCCACCGCAGGGGAUGCACAUGCCUCCGCAGAUGGAGACCCCGAGGAUCAUGAUGACCCCUCCUCCUGUGACCCCACAGCAGCCCAAGAACAUACACAUCAACCCACACUUCAAAGGGACAGUGGUGACUCCUGUUCAAGUGCCCUUGCUGCCGGUUCCCAGCCAGCCGAGACCUGCUGUGGGACCCCAGAGAUUCCCAGGCCCCCCAGAAUUUCCACAGCACACCCCAGGACCUGUUCCCAACAGCUUUAGCCAGCCGCCCCGACUUCCUCUCCAGGACCAGUGGAGAGCCCCACCCCCGCCUCAGGAGCGAGACCCCUUCUUCUUAGGAGUUUCAGGCGAGCCAAGGUUUCCGAGUCAUCUUUUUUUGGAACAGCGAAGUCCCCCUCCUCCGCCACCUCCUCCCACACUUCUUAACAGCAGCCACCCUGUCCCUACUCCGAGUCCCUUACCAUUUACUCAGCCGGGACCAGCAUUCAGUCAGCAAGGGCAGCAGCCAGUGUUCCCAAGAGAGAGGCCUGUGAGACCAGCCCUGCAGCCUCCAGGUCCAGUGGGGAUUCUGCACUUUAGCCAGCCAGGGUCAGCACCCACACGGCCUUUCAUCCCUCCCAGACAGCCCUUCCUUCCUGGCCCGGGACAGCCGUUCCUGCCCACGCACGCGCAGCCCAACCUGCAGGGUCCUUUGCAUCCCCCACUGCCUCCUCCGCACCAGCCGCAGCCCCAGCCCCAGCAGCAGCCAGCUCAGCAGCAGCCCCCCCACCACCAGCACCAGCCCCCGCACCAGCCCCCGCCCCAGCACCAGCCUCCCCCACAGCACCAGCCGCAGCAGCACCACCACCUUUCCGUGCCACCCCCGCCUCUGAUGCCCAUGGCCCAGCCGCAGUUCAGGCCUCACGUGCAGACCGCUCAGCCCCAGCCAAACAGCAGUCGGGUGCAGUGCCCCCAGCGCCAGGGCCUGAGGCAUAAUGCAACUUCUCAGAAUGUAACCAAGCGGCCCAUGCAGCAGAUGCAGCCAACUGCUCCAAGAAACAGUAAUUUGCGUGAGUUACCCGUAGCACCGUCACACGUCCUGGAGAUGAGUGGCAGUCGCUGCUCCUCCACACCCUCGGCUCAAGUGAAACCUGUCGUUAGCUCGGCACCACCCUCGAGCGCUGUGCUGGCUUCCCGGAGCUCGCAGGGGAAGACUGAAGCUAAAGUCAAGCCAGUCAGCCCUGCGGCUCAAACCAAAGAAGAAGCAAAGAUGGAACCAGAGUUUCCUGAUGAAGAUGAGGAAACAAGGUUAUAUCGCUUAAAGAUAGAAGAACAGAAACGCCUAAGAGAAGAAAUCCUUAAACAGAAGGAGUUACGGCGGCAGCAGCAGGCUGGUGCCCGGAAGAAGGAGUUACUAGAGAGACUGGCACAGCAGCAGCAGCAGCAGCAGCAGCCGCCGCCCUACGCCCCACCACCCCCGGCAGAGCAGGAGGAGCAGGCAUCGUCACCCUCUCCCACCAAUGGUAACCCACUGCUGCCCUUUCCGGGUGCUCAGGUCAGACAGAACGUGAAGAACAGACUUCUUGUUAAAAACCAAGAUGUCACUGUUUCAAAUGUGCAGCCCAAAACAUCGAACUUGAUAGCAUCUGGUGCCACCAUGCCGUAUCAAGGGCAGCAGGUGAGACCACUGAGACACCUGAGACAGGCGAGAGCAGCCCCUCCGUGCCAGACGCAGCCCCUGCACAGAGCACCCCAGAUGACACCUGCAGACGCGGAGGAGGCUGCCCGGGGGGCCUCCAGUCAUGGUCGUCUCCAGGACAUGAAGCCUGGAGGGAAAAGGACUGUGACACACAGGACAAACAGCGGUGGUGGAGAUGGGCCCCACGUCAGCUCCAAGGUCAGGGUGAUUAAGCUGUCAGGUGGGCAGGGAGGAGAGAGUGAUGGUUUCUUUCACCCUGAUGGCCAGCACCAGCGGCUUCCUCAGCCUCCAGAAGUGGGAUCACAGCCUGCCCGCAAGGUGACGCUGACCAGGGGGGGCCUCCAGCAGCCUCCACAUCCCCCACCGGGGCCUUAUGCACACUCAGCUAUUCCUCCAGGGAUCAAAAGCAUCCAAGGAGUUCAUCCUGCGAAGAAGGCCAUCAUGCACGGGCGGGGCAGAGGGGCAGCAGGACCCAUGGGCCGGGGGCGCCUGGUGCCCAACAAGCAGAACCUGCGGGUGGUGGAGUGCAAGCCGCAGCCCUGCGUGGUGUCUGUGGAGGGGCUGUCCUCAUCAACCACCGACGCCCAGCUCAAGAGCCUACUGAUGUCUGUGGGACCCAUUCAGAGUUUACAGAUGCUUCCCCAGCAACGGAAGGCCAUAGCUAAGUUCAAGGAGCCAGCCCAUGCGUUGGCGUUUCAGCAGAAGUUCCACAGGCAUAUGAUAGACUUGUCCCACAUAAAUGUGGCCCUGAUUGUGGAGUGAUCUCUGGCAGGAGACCUGACCUUGUGCUGUACACACUGUGGGAUUUCUUCGAGGAAGCUGCCGCGGCACAGAACCCAGGAGCUUAGAUCUCCCCGGCUGUUGUCUGGAGCGCCAGCCGGCCACAGGGUUGAUUCCAGGAGAGCUGAACUUACACAGCACGCGGGAGUUUGGUGUUAGGUUGAUUCCUUCAGAUUCUGUUGUCACCACAAAGAACUCCAAGUUUUUCAUUUUCUUUUGUUUUCAAAGUGCUUACAAUGCAUGUAGACGUUGUUCUUCGUGAUCUGACUGUGUGAUCGGUCACAAGGACUUAGAUUCAGGAAAGAACAUUAACGUCACAAAUUCCAAGUAUUUUUUCACAGCAAAGAAUCUUUGAUAAUGGUUGCACUUAUCUUCAGUGCAGGCUAGAAGAGUCUUCUCAACCACGCUCAGCCUGCGUGGUCUUCUCAGAAAGCCCUCAAAUGGCUCUUAUAAAAACGUAGAUUAAAAUUUGGGUGACAAUUGAUUGACAUUUGCAUAUCCUGGAGAGCCAGGGUGUGAGUGGGGUGGUCGGGAGUGGUGCCAAUUGAACAGAGAUUCUGCUUCUUGUCAGUAUUUCAAAAGCGCCAACUGUAUGCUCCUAGUCCCAGGGUGACUGCCUGCUUUCUUAGGUUCUUUCACAGUCAGGUGAGAGGGCUGGGCAGGCCCCUGGCUGUGGUGCCCUCACCCAGCAGCCCAUGGCCCAUGGCUGGGUUCCCACCCCAUGGGGUGCAGGAGCAGCCUGAAGGCAGAGCAGACCUGUGCAGUCUUCUUCCUUGUUAAACGCAGCCCACGGUGGCCUGUUGUGUUUCGCUGGCUCUGUCAUAUAUGACAUUCUUUGGGAAGCUGGUUAUCAUUGCUUUGAUUACCCUUUUUUUGAAGGCCACUGUACAGGGGCCGCACUGUCCUUCAGUGGACCUGAGAGCAGGGUGGUGCUCACUGUGGCGCCUUUGCAUGGCGUGUAGUAUGAGGGCGGCUGUCAGCCAGGGACAGUGGAACCUGACAUGAGAUGUGUUUGUGUCAUCAUCAAAAUCAGCUUUUAGUAAUUCUAGGUAGGUUCCCUUAGGUGAGACUUAGUCUGCUUAAGAAACCUUAGUGGAAUGAAUUCAUUCUGGGAAAACACUGAAAAAGUGCCUUAUUGUAUUCUGCUUAUAAAGAAUUUUACUGUUUUGGAUAUAUUCUGAAGUGGCCCUAAACUAUUUGAGCAAAUACUACGAGGGCACACUCAGAUUUUAUAGCUAUAUUUUAUACCUACAAUUUCAUGUCACAUUUACAAAUAGAAUUAAGGGAUCUAGAAGCCUGUUAUCACCUACUACCUCUGCAGUGAGUGCAGCCCCAGGGCUGUCACCUCCGGAAGGAGGGGCUGACAAGAAGGGCACAAGGCUUGUUUCAUCUCGUGUCUGCAGUUGACAUUUUAUAUGCUUUUUCAAAUUAAGUUACCAAAACGUUAUUAAGCGGAGAAGAAUAUUCCAGACCCUGUGAGGCUUUCCGUAGCAUUGACUCUAAAAUGGCAUUGUGUGCUACAGAGAAACACCAGCAGCUGCAGGUGUGUUUUGAUAGCUGCUUUUCAGAAACCGCUGAUCCUGGGAAGUCAGGCCCUCACAGGCUAUAUGCUAGAAACCCUGCAGCCAUGGUGCAGCCCCUCUGUCCCAGAAAGCCCCAGGCCACCUUUGGAGGGUGGGGUCGGAAGGCAGCCCUGCUUGCCAUGUAUGCAGGAGGGCGUCCACGCAGCAGGCCCACAACCACACUGCCUGCUGUGUUCACAGUGAGACCCUACGUGCUCCUGUAUUUAAAAGGAGUAGUUUGUCUCAGUCACAGAGAGCAGCGUUGAAAGGACGAGUUUGGAGCCCACAGGCUCUAUUUUUAAACAGAGUUCCAGAACACCUAGUGCAAGGGUGGUGGGCAGGCUUAGACUCCCUGUGUCACCGAGAGCUUCCUGGUGCAAUAGUGAGUUUAACUAACCUCUGCCAUGUUCUGAGGCAGCUGAGUGUGAAAGACCACAAGUCCGCAGGUUGUCUCAGAAGUGGGGCGUGCAGGCUUCUCUGCAGUUAGUGGAGUGACGCUGGGCCGUGGGCACCGGUGUGCAGCACAGGCUUCACGCACCCAAAGCCCUGCUUUUGGUGUUGUCUCAGUGUCAUGUGGAACCUGGGAGGUAUACGUGUGUGUGUCUGUAACUGUCCACACACAAGUGUUCUCUUGAUAGAAUGUUCUGGAAGGAUGAUCAGGCUAGUCAGCCAGACCUGUCCUAAAGCACCAGUUACGACAGCCACACACAACCCCGCCUCUUAAUGCUAACGAUCAUUGAAAAUGGGCUCUUAGUACCUGCCCAUCUCAGUAAUAGUUUCCUUGAAGGAAACCACAGAAAAGGAAAGAAGCAGAAUUAGAAAGUGAUGUCAUUCCCACCUUUGGUGCACUUCUCUCAGUGAGGUCAGACCGCGCCAGCUGGACCCCGUGGAAGAUCUGCUGCAACCAUUAUCUCUGGUCUUUCUUUAUCGUGCAUUCGGAAUGAGAUGCAGGGCAUUGAGCAUAGUGUAAAUAUGGACCCUUCAGAAUUAAAAUGUUAUUGGGAAUGCUUUCAGCUCAGCCACAUCUUAGCUACUUGUUAGUUCUUUUGUGUUGUCUUAUCAAAGUUUAAUGGAGACAGUUCCAUAAUUGUUGUGUUUGUGUGUAAAUUCGACUUUUAUAAAGAUGGUAGUAAGUCAAUACUUUUAUCCUGAUCUGUGUAUUAUUUGUUCACAAUUUCAAGAAGCUUAAAGGCAGUAAAUAUCAAUCUAUCUCAUAAGGUAAAUCAGUGGAUAAUUAUGUGGAGCCAAGUUAGUUUUUCUUUUUGCGUUAUCUUGUUUUGAUUUUGUGAUGUAACAUAAGUUCGCUUAGCCUCUUAUCUGAACAUAACAUUGCUUUGCCCUUGAUCUGGCCACAUUUGUUAAAUCCAUAUCUGAUUCUCUUCUAAAGGAUAAAUCUCUUCUUUCCGAGAGAAAUUCUGAGGGGCGCCCCCUCUGAGAGCAGGUGCCGCACCCUGCCUUCUGGGGAGAGUUGGCGGGUGGGACGGGGUGUGGUUUCAUCGUGCCUGUUUUUAAAUAUGGGUAGUUCUUAACAUGCUCUGUAAAGGCCCUGGACAAACAGCGGUUUAAGCUUGGUUCCUUAGCAUUUCUGAAUUGUGCCAGAGCUUCCAUCCUGCACCCAGGGUUUUUUUUCCCCUCAAAUAGUAUUUUGCUGAAUUCUGCAAAGGGAAGGCUUUGUUUCUGAGGGAGGUGGAAGAGGAGUGUAGUGGGAAGGGGAGGGCGGGCUGUCACCUCAGUGUUAACGGGACACUUCCUUCUAACACUCUGGCCUGUGAGGGCAGGUCACCCAGUCAGUCACGGUGGGAGCAGCUGGGCAUAUGUGCUGAUGCCCCCCUGCGCCUGGUGCCUGCUCAGCUCCCCGCAGAUGCAGGUGCGUGAGUCAGGGGAGGCGGAGGAAACCUACGGACCUGGACCUUUUCUCCUGCGAUGGGUUUUAAAAACCAUCCAUGUUUUUUUUCUUUUGGCUUUUGUUUUUUUGUUUUUUUUUUUUUUUUUUUAAUUUCGUUCUGUUUAUUUUUUAUUUCUUUGUCAUUUCAUUGGGAAGGUAAGCUCAACAUGCUCAUAGACCAUGGAUUGACACUUGUGGGAAACAGGUUUUAGUCACAUAACUGCACAAAACAAGGGGCCCCUGUGUGAUGGCUACAGCACUCGGGCCCGUCGCAGAGGCCCAGACACUGCAGUGCUCUGUGGCUUGUCUCCUCUUGCUGCUCACUGGAGAGAAGAGCUGCCCGGGAGUCAGAUCUCAUCCCAGGCAGUGUCUGCAGGCCAGGCCCUGGGCGACUCCAGGCCCCAGCUCCUCCUCACUUGGAGGCUUACUAUGGCUUGGCACCCUGGGAGGCCCAGUGGCCUUCUCUGCAUUAAGCUAUAACCGCCCCCCUUCCCUUAUUUAUUUGGAGUGGGAGGGAGAAGAGGGGGAGAGAGAGAAAGCUUGAAAGGUAUUGUUGGUUCUUUAAAAAAUUAUAAGUGCUAUUGGGGGGUUGUAGGGUAGGAAGAGACUGAGAGGCCCCCCAUGAAGGAAGCCACAGGGACAUUUACAUACUCGAGGGGAGAGUGUAGACACUUAAACUGCUUGACGAGCAUUUCUGCUGAUCUUUCAACUAUUUUUAAAAAGUUGUGAAUGAAGUCUAUUUUGGUUAUUUCUUAAAUAUGAACUCUUCGGAGGCAUCUAGCCUUGAUUUAACAUUAAAUCCUAAGGAUUUUAUGUAAGGUUUUUUUGCAACCUAUUUAAUUUUUACCAUUUAAAAUACCUAAUUUCUUAGGUAUAUAAGUCCAUGGUUUUGUGUCCUGGAACCAAAGCAGAACCCAUUGAUUCAUAUUGGAUCCCAGGUGUACUGUGGCAGCAUGUGGCUGAAAGGGCCACUUCUCUCACACGCUGUCACCUGUCUUUUCUAGAGGACAUCUUACAGUUGUGACUCUUUUCUGUCAUGGUUUGGUAGGCCCUUUCAGUCAGGUCAGGCAGAUGGAGCAGGUAUUCUGCGUGAGCUGUUUCUCGGGGACUUGGUUUUCCCAUUUCCUUCUAACCAACUGAAAUAUUAAGAGGGCUUCAUGUGGAUGUUUUGCUUGUUUUUAUUUUACUAAUUUUAAGAGGUAUGUAGAAAAACAUAGGGCCUUGUAAAAGAGAUAGCAUGUAGUUUUUUAUUUUAACAUGUUCCACAGAGUGGACAAGCAGGCAGCAUUUUAAUACAUUCUGUGUUUUCCAAUUCAGUGAGCUCCAGAGAGCAGACCUCACCACGUUCUCUCAGCCUGAUUCUCUUUUAAACCACUUUUCAUUUUAAGGCACAUGUAGUGGAAGCCGAUUUUUAAAGUACUUUAAAUUUCAUGCAUUCUACAGUAUUUUCCUAGAAUAUAUAAAAUUUUACAAUAACGUGUGCACAUUUUGCUGACAUGCAAGGAGCAAGUAACCACUCACUUUUAUAAUUCAGCUUUGCCUUUCACAGGUGUGGGAUCCAGAAUGUCUUUCCUCUGUGAGGAUUUUAACUCUUCCACUAUUUAAUUUUCAGGUACAAGGACGACAAAGCACAGAAUCAGAGUUAUUUUCGUUCUUGAGCUGGUUCUGUCUGUUGGGUGUUUCUGUCCUCUUCUUGAGACUCAUGUCCCUAAGGCUUAGGGACCACGUCGCCAGGCCUUGCCCCGGCUCUUCCCCUCCUGGCUCUCCUGUUUUGCUUUCCUGUGUCCGAACCUGACCGCUCCUUCCCACUCUGACCCCCUCUUGUCUCUUCCUUCCUCCCCCCACCCCCUAACCCCCUGCUCUUGCUGUCUGAGAGCUGCGCAGGGCCCAGCUGCUCGGCUCAGUGUCAACGUCCAGAACCCCACUCUGGGUGGGAGCGAAAUGCUUUGGGUGUUUUGUGGACUGUAUUUGCAACUUGAUUCCCUCUAAACCUUUGCUUUGACAGGUCUUUACUCAUGAUUUAUUCCUCCAGGUCUGAUUGGAGAGAAUAACAUUUUUAUUCUGUUAUUUUGCAGUUUGACUCUGUAGGACUAUGCUGACUCCCAGAUGCCAGCGUCCCGUGGCGCGCACCUGGCCGUGUCAUUAAUCACCCACCUCUGUUUCUUAUCCCCUCUACUUUUGCAGGAUCUCUUGUGCAUGGGUUCAGUGUUGUUAGUAGUGCGCCUCUCAUUCCGCUCGGAAGUGAUGGCCGUCUGACCCUUGUUUCUGCUCUCGCUGACUGUGGCCCUCCUGGCCCUGAUGCGUGUGCUGGAUGUGCCAUACCGGGGGCAGCGCUGGCGUGGGGGGGUAGCGCUGUGUUGAUUGGGAGCGUUGUGAGUUCAGAAAUCCAGAGAUGCCUGGAUUGCCUUCCUCUGGGUCUGAGCUACUCCUGUUUUCUCCCAAACACAUGAAGUUGGCGUCUGUGGGAAUGACAUGACCUCUCUGUUCACUUUGCGUUCACGGCUGUGGGAACUUUUUCAGGAAUAUAUGUGAAGAAUAGUAGUGACAUAGUUGAAAAGCAAAUGUAUUGUUGUAUCAUUUGUGUGACUUCAUACCAAAAAGUGUGUUUGAACUGUACUGUAUGUAAUGUGAAAGAAGUGUUAAUAAAAUCUCCAGUUUCUACUGUGA